ACGUCAUCGUCUCAAGUUUAGGCGUAUUCGACAUACAAACGAAAAAUUAUGUAUGCUUAUGACAACAGAGGUUUCCGAUACAGUGUUUUUCAGUACAAAGACAAAAAUUCAAACUAUAGUGUUGACCAAACUUCAGAUGACAGUGUUGACCAAACUUCUGGUAACAGUGCUGACCAAAAUUCUGGUUACAGUGCUGACCAAAAUUCAGAUGACAGUGUUGACCAGAAUUCACAUGACAGUGUUGACCAAACUUCACGUGACAGUGUUUUUGUUGAAAUCAAUGAUGCACACUUGACACGAAGUAAUUCCGACAGUGACAGUGAAAACGAUAAUGACCAAAAGAAGAAACCGGAUGGAGAUGGUGAAGGAGAUGCUUUGUUAGGGGAGGGUAUUAAAUUCAGGAAUAAACCUAAAAAAGAAAAUCAAUGUUUGGGGUGUCCUGAUGGAAUAUGUAGAUUCAUUGGGAAACAUUGCUAUAGCUUCUUCACUGGGCCAUCAGAUUCAUAUACACCUAUCAAAACAGCACUAGGAUUUCCGUUUGGUUUUCUGUUAGCAUAUGGUCUUUAUUUUGCUUUGAUUGUGCCAAUGCAGCUUGAAGAACAGACACGACAUUUUCUGGGAGGAUUCUUGAUCUUAGGUGUGUCAUGUGGGUAUGCACUGUCAGUUGAGCUCCGAUGUAUCAUUUGCCUGCUGAUUCCUAUAUUUUUUGGAAAGGAGGGAAGAUCCUAUAUUUCAGCCAUAGCCAUAACUUAUCUCAUUUCUGGUCCAGUACAAAAUAUCAUGGACAACGGAAAAGAAAUAACACGAACAUUAAGCUGCGCGGCUGAGUUGUCAGCAAACCACACCAGAGCAAAGUGGGAACUCAAGAUGAAACCAUUAGAAGAUGCAAUGAAGCAAUGGCAGGCAGAAGGUAUGUACAUGAACAAAGUAGUAAAUCGAGUGGACAGUGCAUUUGCACCAAUGAAAAAGGAGGUUAGAGAUCAAGAGGAUGCAGCUGUAAUGGAAGCUAAAACGGCAAAGGUUGACAAACUCACUGGAAAUAAACGUGGAAAUAGACUGGCAAAAAUUCAUCAAAAAAAUAAAUCAUCAAAUAGAGAUUCACGAGAGAAACAAACAGAACUUCAAUUUAGGACCAAGAUGGAUUUGCAAUGUGAAAAUGUUUGGAAUGAAGGUGUCUUAAGAUGUAGAGAUAAAUUCAAAGAUCUAGAAAAACGAUGUCUUAAAACCAUACCAUUUAUAGGAUACCUAUUAUGUUUGCCAAUGAAAAUGACAUUUUUCUGUGAGAUUAUACGAUUGAUCCCAGGCGCUGCCGGUUUGAGCUGUGAUGCUAUGGAUGUUGUUGAACCGGGAUUUGGAGAGACAUAUGUCGCUUCUGAGGAUAUGAUGAAUGUGAUGGAUGAAAACUUUGAAGUCAAUUUACAAUACAAGCUUGUCCAAUCAAAAGAAGGUCUUGAGUACACAUCUGUUGAGGAGAUACGUAAAGGAACGAUGAAUGAAUUUAAGCAACGAGAACAGUUAAUCAACAUGUUUAAGAAGCUGUUAAAAUGUCUUCUUGGAUUUACUUUUCUACGAGUGAUAUAUAGCUCGUACAAGUAUAACAAAAAAUACUUGUCGGACUUCAGCUUUGACAAUAUUUAUGUCUCAGACUACUUUAAACAUAUUGACAAAAGACGGAAUGCACAGGAAAAACGAGGAUUACUACCACUGAAAAAGUCAGAAAAGAAAUGUUUGGUGUUCCCCUGGAGUCCAAAGCUCAUGUCAGCAGAAAAGAAGAAAUUGUCUAAAGGAACUUUCAUGAUUUUGAUGCGGUGUUUAAUUACUGGUGUUGUCAUAUACUCUGACUACCUCCUGUUCACAGUUAUGGAUAUAAUAAGACGUCAUAGUAGAGUGGAUUAUGCACAGUUUGGAAAACAUCAUAUAAUGGUUCAAGUUUUCGGCAAGGGCUUCAUGUCCAAUAUUGUCAGGAUGUUCAUUAAAAGUUUUGAUGCGAAGCACGAAAUAAAUGAAGUCAGUACCAAUUAUGAAUGCCUUCCAAGACCAGUAAGCAUGGAUAAUAAGUAUAUAUUUUACAUUUAUGGAUGUUUUGGUGCAGUGUGGUUAUUGAUGAUAGUAGAAUCAUAUGGACUUAGGAUUAGACGUCUUGUUGCUGCAUUUUUCUAUAGAAAGAGAGAGAAGGCUAGGAUUUUGUAUCUUUUUAAUGAUUUGUACAAAAAGAGACAAGGCUAUGCACGACAUAUGAGACAUCAAGUGAGGAGAAAUGCUAGAAAGAAUACUUUGUCAAAGAAAACGAGUUUAUUAGGAAGUUUUCGUAAGGAAUUCCCAGCACUUUGCGGUUGGUUGAAAAGAUUUCAGUCUGCCAAGGAAACCUGUUUAAUCUGUGGCGAACCCGAAUCUUUACGAUUUGUAAGGUGUAAAACAAAAGGAUGUUCAUUUGGGUAUUGUUUUGAAUGUUGGGAAGAUGUAAAUUUUCGAUGUUACGCUUGCAUGCACGAAGAUUCUGAUGACAGUGAUCUAACUGAAGACGAAUCUGAAAGUUCUGGGGAGGAGGAAAUUUGAAAGUUCUGGGGAGGAGAAAAUCUGAGAUACAGAUGAAAAUGUCCGAUGAUGAUAGAUUUAAAGAUGAAGAGGAGAAGCCAGUAAAUAUAAAGACAACACUCAAUAUGACACUACUAAGUUUUGGAAGUGCUCUGUUUGUCAACUAUAUUGCUGAGAUUGUACAGUUAUCAUACCAUUUAAACGUACCAAAUAAGCACAUUGCCGUUAUUGGAUCGAUAGUACUAUCAUCAUCAGCAAUAGCAAUGAUACUGUUGUAUUCAAUGGCGUAUAUGUUUACUAAAAGAGGACACGAACAGAAAACUAUGGUUUUGUUUGUUGUAGCUUUUUCGUGUUUGAGUUUUGCUAUUAGUGCUCUAGGUAUUGUCAUUGCUGCUACAGACUGAUAUCAUUGUGGUAGUUUUUUCAUGCUUGUGUAUAGCAGUAAGUUAUGAAUAUUUUUAUUGUUGC